AUGUUACAUGUCGUACACGAAUUUACGAAUCUUGAGAUGAAACAUUUACCAAAAGAACAGGAUGUUUUAAAAGACUUUGAGAAGGCCAAGAUAGAACAAGUCAAAAUUAAACAGCAAGUUCAUGAUAAAUUGUUGCUCGUGUCUUCUACAUCAGAAAUUCAAAGUAAAUCAUCGAGGGAAUUAGAAGAUGAUUAUCAUAAAGUUUACUUAAGUAGAAUUCACUUGGCUGAAAAAUAUCUUUUCGCGCGUCAAUUGAACCGUUUAACACAUAAUUUCAGCCGCUUAAGUAGUGAAAUCGAAGAGACGCCUAAAAGAACGGAUUCUGACGAGGAUGAAGAAACUUGGAGAAGGAAUAUGCAGAAACUGGAUUGGGACUUAUUUAAUACACCAAUGGCAAUUCGUACCAUGUCCGAAGCGUGGAUGAAAAGUAAUGACGAAAAUUUACUGUCAAGAUGGUAUUGGCAAUUGAAGAACUGUGCCCUCGAGGCGCAGUCAUGUCGACCUUCCAAUAAACUGUCAUCUGCUUCAGAAAAUUUACUUUACAAUGUCAUCGUCUAUGAUAUCAGUUAUUCUGUUGGAAUUCCACCUAGCCCAAGGAAACAACGCAAGUCUACGUCAAAAAUGUUGAAGUUCAGCACAAGAUAUUGUGGGCAUAUAGUGCUAACAUGUGUAUUCAGUGAAGAAAAUGGUGAAUCCUUCGCAUCUCCUCGAUAUGAUAUUAAAUUUGAUUAUCCGCUUGAACGAUCGACUAAAAUGUUUCGUGAGAUGAUUCGAGAAUGCAGUACAUCGAAACAGCAAGAACACGGCAGUAUCACUAGAGAUUUGAUACAAUUCGUGAAAAAU